AUGGUGUGCUUCUGGAUGCCCAGGGACACCUGGAUGACAGCUCUGACAUUGAUACUAAUGGUGGGGAGCCCUGCUCUGGCUUUGUCCAAGGACAUCCGAUCACAUUUCCUGGAGCAGGCAAAGUCUGAGUGUCACUUCACCAACGGGACGGAGCGAGUGCGGUUCCUGGACAGAUACAUCCAUAACCGGGAGGAACUGUUGCGCUUCGAUAGCGACUUGGGGGAGUUCACUGCCGUGACCGAGCAGGGCCGAGUGUACGCCGAGUACUGGAACACCCAGAAGGACUUCCUGGAGGGGAGACUGGAGAACUUCUUGGUGCAGCGGCGAGUGGAGCCUGUGGUGAUUGUGUAUCCUGCAAAGACUCAGCCCCUGCAGCACCACAACCUCCUGGUCUGCUCUGUGAAUGGUUUCUAUCCAGGCCACAUUGAAGUCAGAUGGCUCCGGAAUGGGCAGGAAGAGGAGGCUGGGGUUGUCUCCACAGGCCUGAUCCAGAAUGGAGACUGGACCUUCCAGAUCUUGGUGAUGCUUGAAGCCAUUCCUCAGAGGGAAGAGGUUUACUCCUGCCAAGUGGAGCACCCAAGCCUGAAGAGCCCUGUCACAGUGGAAUGGAGAACACAAUCUGAAUCUGGACAGAGAAAGAUACUGAGUGGAAUUGGGGCCUUUGUUCUGGGUCUGCUCUUCCUUGGGGUGGGACUGUUUACUAACUUCAAUAAUCACAAAGGAUACCCUGGACUUCACCCAACUGGUAAUGUCCUUUAG